CACGGGGAACAGUUUAUCCGAUCCCGAAAAAAAGUUGGGUGGAGCGCACGAUUACGAUUCUCGAUAAGAAAUUUAUCCAACGUUUCCCUCACACCACUUCAACAACAAGUCGUGAAGGCUACUACGAGUGAACAUGUCCAAACGCCCGGCGGAAGAGUUCGAGACUGGAGGGGUGUCACUCAAGGGUGGUGAACGUCCCGAAAAGUCAACGUUGGAUGACGAGGUGGGAGAGUUUGAAGAUGAGUUCGAGGAUGAAUAUGAGAGUGAGGACGAGAUUCUAGAGGCAGGAGUUGAUGGCAGACCUGAUGAGGAGAGGGAAGCCGAAGAAAAAGCUGGUAUGUAGAUUCCGGAAAAUAUUGUGCCUUGGGCGCACAGUAGAAGCAUAUACUUAUACAAUCCUAGAAGCCAUGGACGUUGACCAGCAGACAUUUAUUGUUGGCAGAAAUAAGCUGGAACCAGGCCAGACUUUGUCCCCCGAUCUAUCGACAUACGAAAUGCUGCACGCGUUAAGUACACCAUGGCCAUGUCUAUCCUUUGAUAUUGUCAAAGAUAGCUUAGGAGACAACCGGAAAACAUACCCCGCCACGAUGUACGCAGUUGCUGGAACACAGGCAGAAGGCAGGCGAGCAAAGGAAAAUCAAUUGAUGGUUCUGAAGUUUAGUGGUCUCAGUAGAAUGGAGCGAAAUCAGGAUGAUGAGGAUUCUUCAGAUGACGAGGACGAGGAUGCGGACCCAAUUCUGGAAUCUGCGUCGAUUCCGUUUACAUCCGCCACGAAUCGCAUCCGCGCUCACCAAAUACCUGCAUCAAACUCCUCCAAACCCCCAACCACUUUGACUGCAUCUAUGACUGAAGCUGGUCAAGUUCUAAUCCAUGAUGUUACCCCUCACCUCGCAUCUUUCGAUACCCCUGGAACCGUCAUUACCCCGCAGCAAAAUAAACCACUAUCAACACUCAAGAUGCACAAGUCGGAAGGAUACGGUAUCGAUUGGUCCCCUCUUGUGUCGACCGGGAAGCUCGUUACCGGCGACAACGACGGCAAAAUUUACAUUACAACGAGAACAGAUGGAGAGCGCUGGGAAACCGAUUCGCGUCCGUUUACCGGCCACACUGGAAGUGUCGAGGAGCUGCAAUGGAGUCCGUCCGAGAGAAAUGUAUUUGCUUCCGCAUCAAGUGACGGUACCAUCAAGGUUUGGGACGUGCGAAGUAAGAGUAAGACUGCGGCGUUGAGUGUUCAAGUCAGUGACACGGACGUCAAUGUCAUGUCAUGGUCUCAUCAGACGUCACAUUUACUCGCCUCCGGAGCAGAUGAUGGAGUUUGGGCAGUCUGGGAUCUCCGUCAAUGGAAGCCCAGCACCUCCUCUGCCUCUCCGAGACCCACGCCAGUAGCAAGUUUCAACUUCCACAAGGAGCAAAUUACAAGUGUGGAGUGGCAUCCAACGGACGACAGUAUCGUAGCAGUCGCUGCUGGCGAUGACACGUUGACCCUGUGGGAUCUAGCAGUAGAGCUCGACGACGAGGAAAGCAAGGAUACUGGUGGUGUGACAGAAGUCCCUCCCCAGUUACUUUUCGUCCACUAUAUGGAGAAGGUCAAGGAGUUGCACUUUCAUCCACAAAUACCCGGCUGCUUAGUAGGUACCGGCGAGGCUUUCAACGUUUUCAAAACCAUUAGCGUAUAGACAUGGGUACAAGAAUGGCC